AUGGAGAAACAGGAUGAUGAUGAGGAGUUCGGAGCGGCUAUCACCAUCGGAUCGGAAACUACAGAAGCAGAGAAAGAGUUCGAAAGAAUCUUAGAACAGUUGCGAGAGGCCGAAGGUCUCAAACUAUAUGCCGAUGUGUACACUAAGCUCUACGAUUCGUAUUUCAAGAUGAAAGAAGAGAACGUCGCUCAUCAAGAAAAACUCACCAGUCUCAAGAACAGGCUGGCGCGAUACGACGCGAUGGUGUCAGAAUAUUUGACGGAGAUUUCCGACUCCUCUAAAACCGUCGACAGAUUAAGAGGAGAAAUCGAUGACGCUCGAGCACUCGCCGAUGCGAUGCACGCAAGGGAAUUAGCUAGCGUUGAAAGUUUGGAAACCAUGAAGAAGACAGUAGCCCGACUAGAGAAGGAACUCGAUGCACGGAAACGAGCUGGUGACGAUGAUGCCGGUGCAACGUCAGCGGUAAAAGAGAAAGAGAAGUUUGAAAAAGAAAAGGCACGUCUCCAGGGUGAAUUGGAUGGUGUUAAACAGAGGCUAACAAACGCGCUAAGUUACAUCGAAGAACUGGAUCAGAAGAACACUAUUGCUGAAGAGACGAUAGGGAAAAUGGAAGAGCAGUUAGAGCCAGACUCAGGACAAACAGACAUGUUCAUAAUAGAAAAAACAAGGAAAGACAAAGCUUUAUUGGCUAAUUUUGACACCAAUAUAUGGUAUAGUGAUGAAGAUCAUGGCGAAGAUGAUGAGGACAAUUGA